CGUAUUUUUUAUUUGCGCACGGCGCACUCCGUCCCUGCCCCUGCCCGCGGCUGGCGGCUGCCCCUCGGCGAUCUCAAGAGGCCCCGUCGCCUCUGUUCCUCGGUCGCCUCGUUCCCCUCCGUCCUUCGAUACCCCCGAUAAAACCCCAGGCCGCCCCUUCUCCAGCUGGGUCAUCCCAUCCUCUCCACCCCCGACUUCGUCUCCUCCAAGGAAGGAAGCCAAGCGCGACCGACUGAGGAAGCCCAAUCCAUGGCGCUGUCCUGCAUGAGGUGCCCCGCGGGCGCUGCCGUCCGACGCGCCGCGGCGCCGCCGCCGUCCCCGACGGCCGCCGUCUCCUUCGCCAGAUGCGGCUUCGGGAGGUCAGCCGCCGGCGGCGGAUGUUGGCGCAUCCAGGCCAUCGCCCCGCAGGGAGUGAAAGCUCCCAUGGAUGCCAAUGUGAAGAAUGCAGUCACACCUACUACCCCACCAAAGGUGGAAAAUGGCUCCCCUUCAGAAAUCACUCUAGAUGAAUUUGAAGACUUGAGUGCUCUAUCCAAGAAUGAUGAUUCUACUGUUAGCAUAACUGUAGUUGGAGCAUCUGGUGACCUUGCCAAGAAGAAGAUAUUUCCUGCUCUUUUUGCUCUCUACUAUGAAGAUUGCCUUCCCAAGCAUUUCACCAUCUUUGGCUAUGCACGGAGCAAGAUGACAGAUGCUGAACUAAGGAACAUGGUCAGCAAAACACUGACUUGUAGAAUAGAUAAAAGGGAAAACUGUAGUGAGAAAAUGGAUGAAUUCCUCAAAAGAUGCUUCUAUCAUUCAGGCCAAUAUGAUUCAGAAGAGCAUUUCAUAGAUCUGGACAAGAAGUUAAAGCAACAUGAGGGUUCCAGAGUUUCUAACCGCCUUUUCUACUUGUCAAUACCUCCUAAUAUAUUCUUGGAUGUCGUAAAAUGUGCAAGCAAAUCAGCAUCUUCGGUGAAUGGUUGGACAAGGGUAAUUGUUGAGAAGCCCUUUGGCCGUGACUCAGAGUCUUCUGCUGCAUUAACAAGAGGUCUGAAGCAGUACCUUGUAGAGGACCAAAUUUUCAGGAUUGACCAUUACUUGGGAAAGGAACUGGUGGAGAAUUUAUCUGUCCUUCGCUUCUCAAAUCUUGUUUUUGAGCCUCUCUGGUCAAGGCAGUAUAUAAGAAAUGUGCAACUUAUAUUCUCAGAAGACUUCGGUACUGAAGGACGUGGAGGAUACUUUGAUAGCUACGGUAUUAUUCGAGACAUAAUGCAGAAUCAUCUCCUUCAGAUACUAGCCUUGUUUGCAAUGGAAACUCCUAUUAGUUUGGAAGCAGAGGAUAUACGAAAUGAGAAGGUUAAAGUUCUGCGUUCCAUGAAGCCGUUGCAAUUGGAAGAUGUGGUAAUAGGACAAUAUAAAAGCCACACAAAAGGUGGUACUACUUACCCUGGAUAUACUGAUGAUAAGACAGUGCCCAAGGAUAGUGUGACUCCGACAUUUGCUGCUGCUGCCCUUUUCAUAAAUAACGCUAGAUGGGAUGGAGUUCCCUUUCUUAUGAAAGCUGGGAAAGCUUUGCAUACAAAACGAGCUGAGAUUAGGGUACAGUUCCGUCAUGUUCCUGGAAAUCUCUACAAGGGGAGUUUUGGGACAGAUCUUGAUAGGGCCACAAAUGAGCUUGUGAUUCGUGUGCAACCGGAUGAAGCUAUCUACCUAAAGAUUAACAACAAGAUUCCCGGUCUUGGCAUGCGACUAGAUAGGAGUAACUUGAAUCUCCAUUAUGCAGCAAGGUACUCGAAAGAGAUACCGGAUGCUUAUGAGAGGCUCUUGCUUGACGCCAUUGAAGGAGAGCGCAGGCUUUUCAUCCGCUCAGAUGAGUUGGAUGCUGCAUGGUCUCUGUUCACACCCCUUCUAAAGGAGUUGGAAGAGAAGCGGAUUGCUCCGGAGCUCUACCCUUAUGGAAGCCGUGGACCUGUCGGCGCCCACUAUCUUGCUGCAAAGUAUAAUGUCAGAUGGGGUGACUUGAGCGCGGAGCAUUACAAGGCAUGAACAAAAUAUGACUUUCUUUGUGAUGCUUUUGUUCUAUUUCUGUAAGAUUGGACGCCCUGGUAGUGGGUUAGAUGCAAGAGAAAACAGAUGAGAAUAAGGCAGGCAGUUCACGAGGUUUGGAGGCAUGUAUCCGUUAUAUACUAUGAAUUGUUGGCAUAAUUACCAGCUGUCAAAAGUAUCUGGUUUCUCACAAGGAAUAACUGAAGAUCUGCUAAGCUGAUCUCAUAUUAUUCAGUGGUCAUUGAUGAAAA